AUGGCCGAAGUACAUCCAAAGGCUAAUAGGAAGUCUUUAAAGAAUCCCGACCUCAAGAGAGCAGCUUCAAAUCUUAAGGAUAUGCCUGCUAAGAAACAACCUCGGAAAGGAGAAAACCCUCUUCGAAUUCCACCAGCUACAGAAAUAACACCCGAUUUUAAAUGUAUGGAUUCAUGGAUCUGUAAGAAUUCUGCCUGUCGAGCAACUCUUUCAAUUGAUGACACAUUUUGCAAGAGGUGCUCUUGCUGCAUCUGUCAUUUAUUUGAUGACAACAAGGACCCAAGUCUUUGGUUGGAAUGCACCUCUGAAUCUGGCCUGGAAGACUCCUGUGGCUUAUCUUGCCACAUUGAAUGUGCCCUCCAACAUGGGAAGGUGGGAGUUGUUAACCUCGGGCAGUUGAUGCAGUUGGAUGGAAGCUAUUGUUGUGCUUCUUGUGGCAAAGUUUCAGGGAUACUUGGAUACUGGAAGAAGCAGUUAACUGUGGCUAAGGAAGCUCGACGUGUAGAUAUCCUGUGUUAUAGAAUAUUCUUGAGUUAUAGGCUGCUGGAUGGAACUUCCAGAUUUGAAGAACUCCAUGAAUUUAUUAAAGAAGCGAAAGCCAAGUUAGAAACGGAGGUGGGCCUAUUGAAUGGCGUUUCAUCCAAAAUGGGUCGUGGCAUUGUCAGCAGGCUAUCUGUAGCUGGUGAUGUGCAGACAAUCUGCUCCCUUGCCAUUGAGAAAGCUGACGAAUUGCUGGCCUCAAAAUCUAGUGCUACCCUGAACUGCAUUGAGGAUUCUCUUCCCGCAGCUUGCAAAUUCCUCUUUGAGGAAGUAACAUCAUCUUCUGUUGUAGUUAUAUUGAUAGACUUAUCUACUGCUUCCUCUGAUGAUAUUAAGGGCUAUAAACUCUGGUAUUGUAAGACGAGAGAAGAGACUCAUGGAAAAGAGCCUGUCUGUGUCUUUCCAAGAUCUCAGAGGAGGAUUUGGAUAUCUAACCUGCAGCCUUGCACGGAGUAUACCUUCCGAAUUAUAUCCUACACAGAGGCUGGUGACUUUGGACACUCUGAGGCCAGGUGUUUUACAAAGAGUGUAGAGAUAGUUCACAAGAACUUUGAGUCUGUUUCAGUAAAUUAUCAGAAGGAGAAUUCAGACAAUGGAGGAAGCCCUAGUGCCAAAACGAAGCACAUGACUGAAACAGACAUCGAAUUGGACUCUGGUUUUAAAGUUCGAGACCUCGGUAAGAUCUUAAGGUUAGCUUGCAUACAAGAACAGGGAGGUUUCAGGGGAUUCUGUGGUUUAGAUAUUAACAAAGGCUGUCGAGUCUGUGAUGCUAAGCCUGAAUCUCUACAAGAAGAUAGGUUGCCAUCCUUUCGACGUGGGCUUGACCUAAAUGUUGCUUCAGUUCCUGAUCUGAAUGAAGAGUUCACCCCUCCAGUCGAGUCGUCGAGAGAUGAUGAAUGUGGUUUAGUGCAGGGUGUUGAAGCAGAUGACGAUGCUUUCUCUCAUGAUCUUCAGAGGAAUGGUUUAGCAAGGUCACAUGGCAGUGGUGAUUCCCACAACUGGAAUCAUGGGAAAAAUGGGGAAGUACCAGCUGUUGAGUCCCAGGUAGAAGCUGGCCUGAAGAGAACACGUAUAUGCAAUGGAGAGAUGCAGGAUUCUGAUAGCACUCUAACAAAUGGAUCACAAUUGCAAGUCUACAAUGGGCCAGGAUCCUUGGAUGAGAACUUCGAAUACUGUGUAAAGAUUAUUCGUUGGCUCGAAUGUGAGGGUCAUAUUAAACAGGAGUUUAGAUUGAAGUUUCUCACAUGGUUCAGCUUUAGGUCCACAGAGCAGGAACGUAGAGUAGUCAAUACUUUUAUACAAACUCUAAUUGAUGAUCCAAGUAGUUUGGCAGGACAGUUGGUUGACUCUUUUUCAGAUAUUGUAUCCAGCAAGACACCACGAAAUGGUUUCUGUAGUGAGCUUUGGCAUUAA